ACUUCAAGCCUUUGUGGUGGUGGCCAUAGAAUAACAAUAUCAGAUUCGCACAUAUAAUUGGUAAACUAUGGGAUACCUCUGACGUGCAGUAUUUUCUCCCACAGCCUUCCAAAAGUUGAACUUCGCAAUUUCUCCACCACUGCCAAAUGAACAAGCAUCAACGACACAGAAGAGUCCGCGACCACAAUCUUCAUGCCGGACUGGCCGAUGUCUACACUCCAGGCCGCCACUAUCCAACCUACCUUGCCGAGAAAGUAAUUUUAUUUUCAAAGCAUCGAGGCGCAGAGCUCGCCCGCCUUCAAAAGCUAGCGUUCCAUCGUUUCUACAGUGAGAAAAUAUUUGAUCUGCGACCCGAACUCACGAACAUAUCAGACCAAGCAGUACUCGCGGCUUAUUUCCAGUUUUUUGAUGAGCUAUUUUUCUUCGGUAGCCUCGGAGGCAGCAAACGGUGUCUCCUAAAAUGCGACUCCAAGCUUGCGGAAGUAGGUGGACCUCGUGGCAGGUUCUCGAAACGAGGAGUGCUGAAUGUCCAAAGUGGAACGCAAGGCCAGAUUUACGAGAUCAAGAUAUACAAGCAGAGAGGUGAGAAUAGAUAUUACAGCCUCCGUGCUGCACUGGGGUUUAUGUUACAAGCAAUGUGCCAUGCGUUCUUGAGACUUUGGCAGUGCUGGUCAGGUCACUGCAAUGAGAUGUGGGGUGAGCAUGGAGCGGGUUGGGCGUGGCAAGAUAUGGCGCUGGCGAUUGAGAAUGCGGUUUCGGAUGGCCAUUUUGUCAAUCUAGAUAUUCCACUUGGAAGGCUGGAGAUGUUGGCGGAUAAUUUGAGGGCAUAUCCUGCAUACUUGAAGGAAGAGCAAUUGAGGAGGUGGAGAAUAGAUCCGAGAAAGCUUGAAAAAUUGGCUGGGAGGUUGAGAAGAUAAUUCACAGAGUACGUGGCUUCCAGAUGUCAAACAAUUCAUGGAAUCAUCCUU